AAAGUAAAAAAGGAAUGCUUCCCCAGUUUGGCAUUGCGCUAUAGGAGAGGGCCGCAACGCUGGAUUUGCCGUGAUAUCUGCACUGCCGUAAUCGUAUAUAGGCCGCAAAGAGUUGCUGCGCACUUUGGAACGUGGUAGCGCGGCAGAGCAAGACUGAAAACUCAUAAUCGUGUUGCGAAGCGAUUCCACGUUUCCCCCUAAACCGCGUCUGUAUGAGAUAAAAGAUUGGUUUUCGUCAGACCUCUAGAGACGCAUGGCCGCCGCGCGACCAAAAUAUUCCCCGUACGUUUCGCGUCGCGACCCUUGACCCGAGAAAGCGGCGUUUUUCCGGCUGUCGGUUGACGAAUUGCAAAGACACAGCAUCGUAUGUACGAUUUUUUCUUGUAAAACGCAUCUCUCCAUGUGAACUGCUGGAGAAUUGACUGUUUUUGCCUCUCCCCGUCUGCUGGUUCCUGUCUUCCCGUUCUCGCGAAUAACUCUCUCCGUUUCUUCCUGAAACUGGCUUGUCAGUGCGUCGGUUUCGGGUUUCCCCUGCUCAGUUUAAAGUUCAGAGCCAGUUUUCGGCGGCCAACGAUUUCAUCCAGGCAAGGAACGCGCGCGUUUCUUCUCGCUUGCUCGGCGCUGUGUCCAGAGGAAGAAACUCCUUCCGGUUGCUGCCGCUCCAGAGUUAACGACCUGUGUUUACCGUCCAUUUCUCCGUCAUAUCUUCUUCCUUCUUGUCGAUCUGAGGGCGUCUCAUCUCUUUUCGCGGCUUGCGGGCGAAAAUGGACGAGUUCAGCGGCUGCAUCUGCCAGUUUCUCAGCACGCUCAUCGGGGGCGUCCGCAGCGCCAUCACAAAUGCAGAUUCUCUCAGCAUGCCAACAGAUUUAGGAAAUGUGGGAGCUGGACCCGGAGGCUCUGUAGGAGCGGUCCCCCCAGCUGCAGCCGAGACCAACGAUGGCAUGGCGCCGGCUCAGGUUGCCGCUCUUGUUGUCCUCCUCAUCGUCAUGGUUUUGACCUUCCUGCAAAAUUCGACCUCCAGCAGCACAACCACCAAGGGACGGAAUGUGAGCCGACCCGAUGACGGCAACGACGACCGCAGCGGCGGGCGCCCUGGUCGCUCUGUUGCGUGAAGGCGCGUUUCGCUUUUUUUCGGUUUGCUUUACACGUUUCGACGGAUUGUUUCAUCCUUGCGGGGGGGGGGGGGUAAACGGGGUUAAAGAAGGGGACGAGGAAAGGACCUGUUGAACGAUUAUCCGGUUUCCUCGACUGCGUCUCUCGGAUCUUGCAGAGAGGCGAGUGCCACGCCGUGUCAAGUGGGUACAGAGGUGCAGAGAGAGAGGCCGUUGUCGCUUCGACGGUUUUCCCAGACAUGGGCUUUGAAAUGAUUUUUGGAGUGGAUCUGCAGAAGGACUGAAGAGGAAAGGAGGCUAUGCGUAAUAUCGAGAUUUCGGGGACGCGGGAGGGUUGCGUUGCCUUGCGAGGAAGGGGCGGAGGAAGGAUACCAGUGCCAGUGUUCAGACAACUGGAAGAGAUGGCGCGCUCGUUUAAGGAAAUUUCAACAGAACUGAGGUAGAAGGUGGAGGAAACCACUCGUUCGAAAAGGGGAAAGAUCCGUGAAAGUGGCCAUUUGUAUCGUCAUUUGUGACUCUGGACACCCGAGAGAUUUGUGACCUCCGGGCAGACGAUGUGCCAGCCACGGAAACCAGUGGCUCAGAAAGUGUUGGUAGAUUAGAAGGUUUUGGAAUUUUCAUGUCACUUUCGGCUCUCAAUAUGAAGUCAGCAUCUUUCUCUUUUGAAGAGCUGCACGGUAUAGAUGCGUUUGUUUCUCUGAAACCUGAUGACUGCUUGUGCAGGAACUUGCAUUGGGAGAGGUGGAAACGACGCUUACUGUGAUGUGUUAAGGCUCGCCCUCGUUCUUAACGGAUUACCAGUGCUCGUGUCUGUAGCCGACCGUUGGAAAACAGGAAAGGCCGAGUGCUCCGUUUUGGCCACUGGGUGCGAGGAACCCAAGGGGAAUUUUUCGUGACUAUAUUCAUCGCUCUUCUCAGCGACACUCCUGAGAACCUUUGCUAUCUGCGGACUUUUCGCCAGCACAUAAAGGUACCUGCUUACUCG